AUGGCGGUGUGCGCUCGCCUCCGCGGCGUGGGCCCGUCGCGGGGAUGCCGGCGCCGCCAGCAGCGCCGGGGCCCGGCCGAGGCGGCAGCGGCCGACAGUGAGCCGGACACGGACCCCGAGGAAGAGCGCAUCGAGGCGGGCGCGGCGGCGCUGGCCGGGGCGGGGGGCGGCCGGAGCGCGGGCCCCUCGUCGCCCCCGCGCUGCUCGCUGCUGGAGCUGCCGCCCGAGCUGCUUGUGGAGAUCUUCGCUUCGCUGCCCGGCACCGACCUGCCUAGCCUGGCUCAGGUCUGCACCAAGUUCCGGCGCAUCCUGCACACCGACACCAUCUGGAGGCGGCGCUGCCGAGAGGAGUACGGUGUUUGUGAAAACUUGAGGAAGCUGGAGAUCACGGGCGUGUCUUGUCGAGACGUCUACGCGAAGUUGCUUCACCGGUACAGACACAUUUUGGGACUGUGGCAGCCAGAUAUCGGGCCGUACGGAGGACUGCUGAACGUGGUGGUGGAUGGCUUGUUCAUCAUUGGCUGGAUGUACCUGCCUCCCCACGACCCUCAUGUGGACGACCCGAUGCGGUUCAAGCCCUUGUUCCGAAUCCACCUGAUGGAGAGGAAGUCGGCCACAGUGGAGUGCAUGUACGGCCACAGGGGGCCCCACAAUGGCCACGUCCAGGUCGUGAAGAAGGACGAGUUCUCCACCAAGUGCAGCCAGACGGGCCACCACAGGAUGCCCGGCGGGAGGCAGGAGGAAUUCCGCACGUGGCUGAGGGAAGAAUGGGGGCGGACGCUGGAGGACAUUUUCCACGAGCACAUGCAGGAGCUCAUCCUGAUGAAGUUCAUCUACACCAGUCAGUACGACAACUGCCUGACCUACCGCCGCAUCUACCUCCCGCCCAGCCACCCAGACGACCUGAUCAGGCCUGGCCUCUUCAAGGGCACCUACGGCAGCCACGGCCUGGAGAUCGUCAUGCUCAGCUUCCACGGGAAGCACGCCAGGGGCACGAAGAUCACGGGUGACCCCAACAUCCCUGCCGGGCAGCAGACGGUAGAAAUCGACCUCAGGCACCGCAUCCACCUGCCCGACAUUGAGAGCCUCCGCGACUUUAACGAGCUCUCGCGCAUCGUCCUGGAGGUGCACGAGCAGGUGCGCCAGGAGCAGCAGCAGGAAGGUGGGCCCGAGGACGCCGCGGGCCUCGGCCAGCAGAGCCCCCAGCCCUGCGCGGAGCCACCCGCCGAGCAGGCCAAGGGGCCCGGGGAUGGAGGGGCCGAGGCCGCGGCUGAGCCGCCCGCCCAGUCGGGGCAGGGGCAGCCGUUUGUGCUGCCGGUGGGCGUGAGCUCGAGGAACGAGGACUAUCCCCGGACCUGCAGGAUGUGUUUCUACGGCACGGGCCUCAUCGCCGGCCACGGCUUCACCAGCCCUGAGCGCACCCCCGGGGUCUUCGUCCUGUUCGACGAGGAUCGCUUUGGGUUCAUCUGGCUGGAGCUGAAGUCCUUCAGCCUAUACAGCAGGGUCCAGGCCGCCUUCCGGAAUGCGGACGCCCCGUCCCCACAGGCCUUCGAGGAAAUGCUCAAGAACAUCCAGUCCCUCGCCUCCUGA